AUGCACAAGUCGACCGCUCUCCUCCUGACCCUCCUCAUCGGCGCCGCCACCGGCAACUACUGCAACUCCGGCAGCUCAUUCCCGAAGGAUUGCGAGGAUCGCCAAAAGAAUCGUGGAUGUUUGUUGUCGGGCGGUGACACUUCAGGCGAAGUCACCACCACCACACAGAUCAGUGUGACCAGCUCCACUUAUGGUCAAUGCACCUGCAGUUGCGAGAGUUCCGGCAGCGACGAGGACUUGAGCUCCGGAAUUGAAAGUCACUCAUCCUCUCAAGAGUCGGGCUCAGGUGCUAUUGGGUACGAUGACUACUGCCUGUUGUUCCAAUACUUCUACAACAUCAGCAUCGAGAUCACCGACGUCACGAUUCGUGAGGCUUGGAUUGAGUUCAUUGAGGAACUUCAGGUCACCAUCAUCUAUGAUGUCAGCCUGACUUAUGACGAAAAGUUGGUGGCUGUCUGGUCCAAGUUGGAAAUCUUCUUGACCACUUACACCGAGAUUAACGAGCUCGUUCUCUAUACCUACAUCGAGGAAUGGAGUGGAUACGUGUUCGACAUCCAAACUGUUGUCGUGUUCAUCCAAUACGAGUACACCUCCACCAUCGUUGAGUUGGACGCUUCUGGAGACUGUAUCUUGUUCGAUGCUCUUCGCAACUGUACGGCUGUUGAUGCUGAGUUCAGUGCUAGAAUCGAGGUGCUGAUUGAAGAGCUUACUGUAAUUUUGGAAUCGACCAGUUAUGCUUACAGUUAUCAGCUGGUACUGAUCUACCAAAAGUUUGAAGCUUUCUUCGCCGAGUACUCGCAGUACGAAUCUACUGUACUUCAGAUUGAGAUUGAAGGAUACGGAUCAUUCUCUUCUUUCUAUGAAGUCUCGCUUACUGUAAGUUAAUGUACAGUAGUUUUAAGUUGUAACUGUAGUUACAGUAACCUGAGAGUCAAACCUUUUUGUAACAUUGCUUAGUAGUACUAUAGAUAUCAUGUUAGUACUAGUACUAUAGAUAUCAUAUUAGUACUAGUACUAUAGAUAUUAUCUUAGUACUAGUACUAUAGAUAGUAUUUCAGUACUAUAUUACUGUACUAACAGUACUAUAACAUUCAUUACAGUACUGGCAAGUCUACAACUACGAAAUCGCUGUUGGAGGAUCAGCCUCAAGCUGUGAACUCAUCCAAACCUUGACCUCGUGCUACGAGAACGCCUCUUCUGGAUCCACAUCGGAACGUGCUCAGAUCAAGGAACUCGUCGAGAAGCUCACCACCUACUACGAGUCUAACACCGAAGUUGAAGUACGUGUUGAGUACUUUGUGGCCCAGUUCUACGAAUGGUUGAUCAUCCAGGAAUGGUCGGUCGAGAUCAUUUUCAGUUUGGAAAUCGAAGGAUACGGUAGCAUCUACGAACUGGUUGUCGCUUAUGCUUUCGUAAGCUUUUUUUUACUUUGGAAAGUAGGGUAGAGCACGGUAGAACAAACUACAAUAAAGUAAGAUAGGAUAGAGUAGAAUAUAAUGUAAAAUACAGUAGAAUACUUUAGGAUACGGUAGGAUACAAUAAGAUACAAUAGGAUACUGUAGAAUACGGUAUGAUACUGUAGCAUUUAAUAAUAUACGGUAAGAUACGGUACAAUAGGGUACGAUACGGUAUGAUCAGCAUGAUAGGGUAGGGUAGGGUAAGGUACGGUAAAAAUCUUUACUAUAACAAUUGUUUUAGUCCAGCGACUGUGGUGUUGACUUCACCGCCCCAACCACCGUAGCCAGCAGCGUUGAAGUUUCCACCGGCGCUUCAUUCGCUAGCGGCUCAGCUGAAGCAUCGACUGUUGUUGUUGCCUAA